AUGAAUAAAUUUUAUUCAUUACCAUUAAUUAUUAUUUUAAUAAUUUCGUGUGGUGCUUUUUUUAUCCACGGAGAAGAGGCAUAUUUUGAAUAUAGGAUUCAUAAUGAAAAAUUUAUUUUCAAACUUAGUGAUGAUAUUAAAAUUCAACAUGCAAGAAGAGUAUUAUCUGGUGAUGAAAUAAGUUUAACAAACGUUGUAGGUAAAAUUAUUAACAAACCAAUAGAAUAUAAUAUUAAUUGGGAUUUUCAUCUUGACCCAGACUCAGUUACUUUUUUUGAAUCUGAAACAGAGUUUUGUAACCAAAAAUUCCAGUAUGUAAAUGGAUAUAUUGAUAAACUUUGUGAAAGUGAUAAUUGUUAUUUUUGCCCAUGGGAUGGUUCACUUGUUAGGGAAUUAUAUUUUGGAGAUAUUAAACAAGAUCUAUUACUUCGUAAUAAUGAAAAUCAACAAGUAAAACAAGUAUAUGAAGGUGAUAUUAAACAAGAUUUAAUUCGUCGUAAAAAUAAAAUUCAUCCAGAAAAACAAAUGCAUGAAGAGGAUAUUAAACAACAAGUUUUUUUCCGUAUCAAAAAUAUUCAUGAAAAACCAGUUUAUGAAGGUGAUAUCAAACAAGAUUUAUUACGUCGUAAAAAUAAAAAUAAUCCAGAGAAACAAGUAUAUGAAGGUGAUAUUAAACAAGAUUUAUUACGUCGUAAAUAUUAUGAUAAAUCUCAAUCAACCCAAGUAUAUCAAGGUGAUGUGAUUCAAGAUAUAUUACGUUCAAUAAAUCGUCAAGAAAAAGAAAUUUAUGAAGGUGAUAUCAAACAAGAUUUAUUACGUCGUAAUAAUCAAAAUAAUCAAGAAAAACAAGUUUAUGAAAGUGAUAUCAAACAAGAUAUUUUACGUCGUAAAUAUUAUGAAAAAUCCCAAUCAACCCAAGUAUAUCAAGGUGAUAUGACUCAAGAUAUAUUACGUUCAUUAAAUCGUCAAGAAAAAGGAGUUUAUGAAGGUGAUAUCAAACAAGAUUUAUUACGUCGUAAGUAUUAUGAUAAAUCUCAAUCAAACCAAGUAUAUCAAGGUGAUGUGAUUCAAGAUAUUUUACGUUCUAUAAAUCGUGAUAAAAAACCAGUUUAUGAAGGUGAUAUCAAACAAGAUUUGUUGCUUCGUAAUAAUCAAAAUCCACAAGAGAAAUCAAUAUAUGAAGGUGAUAUCAAACAAGAUAUAUUACGUCGUAAAAAUCUUGAUAAAUCUCAAUCAAUACAAUUUUAUCCAGGUGAUAUUAUUCAAGAUAUUUUACGUGUUUUAAAUCGUGAGGAAAAAGAAGUUUAUGAUGGUGAUAUUAAACAAGACUUAUUAUCUCGUAAAAAUCUUGCCAAAUAUCAAUCAACAGAAGUAUAUCCAGGUGAUGUCAUUCAAGAUGUUUUACGUGUAUUAAAUCAUGAUGAAAAAGAAGUUUAUGAAGUUGAUAUCAAACAAGACUUGUUACGUCGUAAUAAUAAAAAUCCACAAGAGAAACCAGUAUAUGAAGGUGAUAUUAAACAAGAUAUUUUACGUCGUAAUAAUCUUGAUAAAUCUCAACCAAAACAAGUAUAUCCAGGUGAUACUAUUCAAGAUAUUUUACGUAUUAUUAAUCGUGAUGAGAAAGUUUACGAAGGUGAUAUUAAACAAGACUUAUCAGGUCGUAAAAAUCAUCAAGAGAAAACUGUUUAUGAAGGUGAUAUCAAACAAGACUUAUUACGUCGUAAAAAUCUUGAUAAACCUGAUUCAAAACAAGUAUAUCCAGGUGAUGUUAUUCAAGAUAUUUUACGUGUUAUUAAUCGUGAUGAAAAAGAAGUUUAUGAAGGUGAUAUUAAACAAGACUUAUUACAUCGUAAUAACAAAAAUCGUCAAGAGAAACCAGUAUAUGAAGGUGACAUUAAACAAGAUUUAUUACGUCGUAAUAACAAAAAUCAUCAAGAAGAACAAGUAUAUCAAGGUGAUAUUAUUCAAGAUAUUUUACGUGUUUUAAAUCAUGAAGAGAAAGAAGUUUACGAAGGUGAUAUUAAACAAAAUUUGUUGCGUCGAAAAAAUCAUGAUCAUCCAGAAAAAGAAAUUUAUGAAGGUGAUAUUAAACAAGAUUUAUUACGUCGUAAUAACAAAAACCAUCAAGAGAAACUUGUUUAUGAAGGUGACAUUAAACAAGAUUUAUUACGUCGUAAUAACAAAAAUCAUAAAGAAGAACAAGUAUAUCAAGGUGAUAUUAUUCAAGAUAUUUUACGUGUUUUAAAUCAUGGAGAAAAAGAAGUAAAUGAGGAUGAAAUUGAAAAAGAUUUGAUGCAACGUAAAAAUCACCAUCAAGAAGAAGAGGCUUCUGAAGACUUGGAAGAAGAAAUUGGAAAACUUUGGAAUAAACAAAGUCAAGCAUUUGUUGAACAACAUCCAAACCAACACAACAAUCAAAAAACAAUUCACUUGUCAAGACAAUAA